CCUCCAUCAUCCUCUUCCGCCAAGAUGAUGUCUGCUACAAUCAAACGAAGAAACAAAGAGAGACAGCAACCAGAGACUUGACUCCACUCGACUCAAAUCAAAUCCGCACCAUGAACGACACUGACAAAGAAGUACCGCUUGACAAGGUUCUGUCAAGCUUUCUGACUGACGAGGAACUGCAGGAUGUAACAUUGGUAACAAGUGAUGGACAAAAAGUGCGGGCAAACCGCUUUGUGUUGUCGGCUAGAUCUUCUGUCUUUCGCCGCAUGUUUCUGGGCAGUUUCUCGGAGGCAACCAAGCCACAUGUAGAUGUUGGCUUUAGUGGAAGCAUCAUGCAGGAGAUUGUGGAGUAUAUUCAUACAGAUGAUUGUUCUAGUCUCAAUGGAAAGAAACGAAAGGCCUGUGAAGAGAACGAGGCAAAGCAGUGGGAUGCUCAGAAGGAGCUGGCUGAAAAACUGGUGGCUCUCUCAGCCGCUGCAAUGUACUACAAUUUACCUAGUCUUGUCAAAGAGAUAGAGAAGAGCAUCUCAAAAGUAGUGAAACAAGUCCCCUCAUUGCCAUUGAUGGUCUUGGCAUCUUGCCGCAAAGAAGGACCCUCUGUUCCAUCAGCAUUGAUUGAGCUUGCAUGGUCAUUUGUUCGGGCCAACAAAGAAGUCCUUAUGGAAGCAAAGGCACAUGCUUGUGUGGAUGCAACUCUGGUGGAGGAGAUUGUGAAAGAUGAAAAGUUGGAAAUGGAUGAAUAUGACCUUUUCAUCUUUCUGACUAAAUGGGUUGACAGUAAUCCAAAGGAUCGGCAGGCCAUUGCCAAAAACCUGGGAAGCAACCUUCGGCUCGAAAAAAUAAAUCCUGCAUAUCUUUCCACUUCAGUUUCCUCAUCUGGGCUGUUCGCCGCUGAUCAAAUCAAUGAAGCCUACAAAAAGCAAGCCCUUGCUGCUCAGGCCCAUGCCGUGUCUUUCCAAGGAUCACGAGCUUGCCCUGUGUGGAAAAUCUCUCUCACUGAGCAGACUGGCUCAGAUGGGUCUGUCAAUACAGACACCCUCAAUUUCCCUCCAAUCAAGGAAGGAAUCCACGAAUGGACUGUGAAGCUAUGGGACGACCAAGGUUUUGAUCCACCAGGUGCUGUACUUGGGAUUGUGUGCACUGAAACUUUUGCAGGUAAUGGUUCCCUGCUUUAUUCUCAAAAGGGUGGAUGGGGAUAUGAUGACUGUGGGGAUGCAUACAGUGAGGGCAAACAAGGUAAACAAUCACACUAUGAUAUCAGUGUGGAGACGCAAAUCAACCUGACACUCAAUCUUUCUCCCACGGAGAAGGGAAAUGGCACAUUGAGCAUUUCUUAUGAGUCUAUUGAAGGAGACAAGGUUUCCCAUGAAACGAUUGCCAACAAUCUACAUGAUCAUCUCAGUGCACAUCCUGGAGGAUUUCUUCCAGCAGUCUCAACUCGCAAUGGUGCACGUAUUAUGUUCAUGAGAAUGAACACAAUUCAAGAACCAACAUUCCAACAGUUGUAGAGCCAGGAAGAAGAUCCCAGGAAGACGAGCCUUAGAACAGUAGUUGCGGUAAAUAAUCUGAAUGUACUAAAGUAUUGAAAACUGAGUUGCCACC